UCAGCGGAUCAGAUGAGUCGACUGAACCUAAAGUGCUUUUCAUCCCGCUCCAAAGUAGUAAAGCCGGAGCUUCGGCGGCGACUGCAUCUUAAAGGCUGAGCGGCCCACUCGUCGUCAUUAGCCAUUUUGAUCAUCUGGGCCAUUCGUUCCCCCUCCAACUCUAUCAUUUGCUAGCAGCGGAGAGUGAGGAGAGGAGAGGAGAAGACGAAGAUAUACGGAAUAGACGAAUAGAGAAUAAGCAAUGAGCCGCACUCUUCUCUCCCACUUCACCAUCCUAUCCAACUCCUCUCGUCUCCUCUCCUCGACAAUAAGUAGAGGCCGAGGUCGAAGCCAAUUACGCGUCUUGAAUCGAGUUCUCCCUACACAGCAUGUUGCAGCUGCUGGUUUCCGGUGCAAUUGUACAGUUUCUGCUCCGGAGAGUGAGGUUUCAGGAAGAUCGGCCAGCCUUAAAAAGAAAAGGGUGGUAUCUGGGGUCCAACCUACAGGGUCUGUUCACUUGGGAAAUUACCUUGGUGCCAUUAAGAACUGGGUUUUACUUCAGGAUACGUAUGAAACACUCUACUUCAUUGCUGACUUGCAUGCGAUCACUUUACCUUAUGAUGCUCCACAAUUGGCUGAAGCAACUAGGAAUACAGCAGCUAUUUAUUUGGCAUGUGGUGUAGACACAUCCAAGGCUUCUGUAUUUGUACAGUCACAUGUCCAUGCACAUUUAGAGUUAAUGUGGCUAUUGUGUUCUGACACACCAACUGGUUGGUUGAAUAGAAUGAUCCAAUUUAAAGAAAAAUCACGCAAGGCGGGCGAUGAAAACGUUGGAGCAGCCCUUCUAACAUAUCCUGUCCUGAUGGCUGCUGAUAUUCUUCUUUAUCAGUCUGAUUUUGUCCCCGUUGGGGAGGAUCAAAUGCAACAUCUUGAGCUGACUCGUGAACUAGCUGAGAAAAUGAACCACCUGUAUGGGGGGCGGAAGUGGAAGAAAUUGGGAGGGAAAGGUGGUGCACUUUUCAAGGUCCCUGAAGCUCUUAUUCAGCCAGCAGGUGCUCGGGUUAUGUCUCUUACUGAUGGUCUUUCGAAGAUGUCAAAGUCGGCUCCUUCAGACCUGUCUCGUAUCAAUCUUCUGGACCCAAAAGAUGUCAUUGCUAACAAGAUUAAGCGUUGCAAAACUGACUCACCUCCAGGAUUGGAAUUCGAUAACCCCGAGAGACCUGAAUGCAACAAUCUUCUCUCAAUUUAUCAGCUUGUUACUGGCCGGACUAAAGAGGAAGUUGCAUUAGAAUGCCAAAACAUGAAUUGGGGGACUUUCAAAAUAGUCCUUACAGAUGCUUUGGUCAAUCAACUGCGCCCAAUUCAGAAUCGUUAUGAGGAGAUCAUUGCAGAUCCGGCUUACUUGGAUCAGAUUCUAUCAGAUGGAGCUGCUAAAGCAGCUGAACUAGCUGAGUCAACUCUUACUAAUAUUUAUCAAGCAAAGGGAUUCCUAAGAAGAAGUUCAAUAGUUUAAUUCGAGUGAUAGUUACAUUCUUUGAUCAGUUUGCUAUUCUUUUGAUGUGUAACCAUAGCACACUGCGUUUCUUCUUUGUUCCUUAGUGAAAAAUACGAUUAAAAAAUAAUGAUUUUGUAGAAUAA